AUGUCGUUCGAAGGCUCCUCGACAAGGGCGCGGAUGUCAACGCGCAAGACGGCGAGUAUGGCAACGCUCUUCAAAUCGCGUCAGGGGAAGACGAGGGCAUACCAGGUGGCGGAUGUCAACGCACAAGGCGGUCGCUAUGGCAACGCUCUUUAUGCUGCAUCAGAAGGAGGUCAUGAUAACACCGUUCGAAUGUUCCUCGACAAGGGCACGGAUGCCAACGCACAAGGCGGCGCGCCAGCGCGCGUCACCUUUGAUGUGCUGUCAGUGUCGAUACUUGUUUAG